AUGGAGAGGCUUGGCCCGGGAGGCGGGCGAGCGCUGCGGGCCGCGGUGCUGCUGUGCGUGUGUGGCCGGGCGGCGGCCGAGCGGGUCCGCUACGCCAUCCCCGAGGAGCUGGGCAGAGGCUCGCUCGUGGGGCCGCUGGCGCGGGACCUGGGGCUCAGCGCGGACGAGCUGCCGGCGCGCAAGCUGCGGGUGGCGUCUGCCGGCAAGAAGCAGCUGAAAUACUUCACGGUGAAUGAGGAGAACGGGAACCUGUACGUGAAUGAGAGGCUGGACCGGGAGGAGAUGUGCGGCGAGUCGGCGACUUGCUCCGUCAGCUUUGAGGUGCUGGUGCACAACCCGCUGAACAUUUUCCACGUCGAGGUGGCGAUCGAGGAUGUGAAUGACAACUCCCCGGUGUUCAGCAAAUCUGUUCUGGACCUCGAGCUCGGUGAAUGGACGCUUCCCGGUGCUCGGUUUCCCCUGGAGGUGGCGCGAGAUGCGGAUGCAGGAAGCAACUCGGUGCUGACUUACCAGCUGACCAGCCACUCGUGUUUCAGUUUGGCCCUGACAGAGAGCCCUGACGGAAGCAAGCAACCAGAAUUAGUUCUGGAUAGAGCCUUGGACCGUGAGAAGCAGAGCUCCUUUGAACUGGUGCUUACGGCAGUGGAUGGCGGAGAGCCCGUGAGAUCUGGGACUGUCCAGGUCCGCAUAAAUGUUACUGACGCAAACGACAACCCGCCCGUGUUCAGCAAAAGAGUCUACGAGGCGAGAGUAGCGGAGAAUCUUUCAGUGGGUUCUCUGGUGUUGCGAGCAUGGGCGACAGAUGCAGACUCGGGUUCCAACGGGCGGGUCUCUUAUUCAUUAGGCAACGUCCCGGACAGCAUCCGUGCUUUGUUCACUAUCGACAGCGACAGCGGGGAGGUCAGGACGCUGGGUCCCCUUGAUUACGAGGAGAAGAAUAAAUACAUCUUCGGCCUGGAGGCGAGCGACGGAGGCGGGUUAACGGCUCACUGCAAGGCUCAAAUAGAUAUCACGGACGAGAACGACAAUGCUCCCGAGAUCACCAUACUUUCGCUCUCGAGCCCGGUGCCCGAAGACUCGCCAGCUG